CCAGAGCGCACCAAAGUAGUGCAGUGAAGAGCAAGGAAAAUGAUAGUGGUUGUUGUUGUUUUCCCUUCCCUGCAAUAGUUUCUCUUCUUUCACCUCUCUCUCUCUCGUCAAAAUCCUCUCUUUCUGUGCAUCUGUUGCUGCGUCAUUUUCUUCAUCCACAUCUCAGUAUCCAAACAAUGAGAGUGGUUUUCUUUUAGAACCUGUCUGUCUUUUCCUCAAUUUCUCUGCUUCUCUCUGUCUUUCUAUUGUCUAUUUCUCUCUGUAUCUCACUAUGCUACCAAUGGAAGGCACUGAGGAUUGCUGUGUAAAGGUUGCUGUUCAUAUUCGUCCGCUCAUAGGUGAUGAAAGGCUUCAAGGAUGCAAAGACUGUGUCACUGUCGUUUCCGGAAAGCCCCAGGUACAAAUUGGAUCACAUUCCUUUACUUUCGAUCAUGUCUAUGGAAGUUGUGGUUCUCCAUCAUCUGCAAUGUUUGAAGAAUGUGUUGUUCCACUUGUUGAUGGUUUGUUCCAAGGAUAUAAUGCCACUGUUCUUGCUUAUGGUCAGACGGGUUCUGGGAAAACAUAUACGAUGGGUACUGGCAUUAGAGAUGGUUGCCAAACAGGAUUAAUCCCUCAAGUUAUGAAUGCUCUAUUCAGCAAGAUUGGAAGUUUGAAGCAUCAGACUGAAUUCCAAUUACAUGUCUCCUUCAUUGAGAUUCUAAAAGAAGAAGUACGAGACUUGUUGGAUACGACCUCUGCUGGAAAAUCAGAUACAGCUAAUGGACAUGCUGCAAAAGUAACAGUCCCAGGGAAACCACCAAUACAAAUUCGUGAAACAUCAAAUGGAGUUAUAACACUAGCUGGAUCAACUGAAGUUGCAGUUAGUUCACUAAAAGAAAUGGCUGCGUGCUUGGAACAAGGAUCAUUGAGCAGGGCAACGGGGAGUACAAACAUGAACAACCAGUCCAGCCGUUCGCAUGCCAUCUUCACAAUCACAUUGGAGCAGAUGCGUAAAGAAAAUCCAGUUUUCCACAGCAAUAACUGCCAAAAUGAAGAUAUGAGUGAAGAAUAUCUAUGUGCAAAGCUCCAUUUGGUAGAUCUUGCUGGAUCAGAGCGUGCUAAGAGGACAGGUUCUGAUGGACUUCGUUUUAAGGAAGGAGUUCACAUUAAUAAGGGGCUUCUUGCACUUGGUAAUGUCAUAAGUGCCCUUGGAGAUGAGAAAAAGAGGAAAGAAGGCAUGCAUGUACCUUAUCGGGACAGUAAACUUACUCGGCUUUUGCAGGAUUCACUUGGUGGUAACAGCAGAACUGUUAUGAUAGCCUGUAUCAGUCCUGCUGACAUUAAUGCCGAGGAAACUCUUAACACUCUCAAAUAUGCUAAUCGUGCUCGCAAUAUUCAGAAUAAGCCUAUUGUUAACAGAGAUCCAGUUUCUGGUGAAAUGCAAAGGAUGAGACAACGACUGGAAUACUUGCAGGCUGAGCUACUCUGUGCACGUGGGGGAGGAGCUUCGUCUGAUGAAGUUCAGGUUCUCAAAGAAAGGAUUGCUUGGCUUGAGAGUGCUAAUGAGGAUCUUUCUAGGGAGCUUCAUGAAUACCGCAGUAGAUGUGGUAUUGUAGAGCAAUGUGAAGCAGAUGCUCAAGAUGCAGAAACAUUUUCAUUGAAAUGUGAAGGGCUAAAGAGGGGUUUGCAGAAUAUGGAGUCCUCUGAUUAUCAAAUGGGUGAAGUGAUAUCAGCAGGUGAUAAUUCCAAGGAAAUUGAUGAAGAAGUUGCAAAAGAAUGGGAACAUACACUUCUGCAAAAUACCAUGGACAAGGAGUUGAACGAGUUAAAUAAACGUUUGGAGCAGAAAGAGUCAGAGAUGAAGAUGUUUGGUGGAGUUGACACUGCAACACUAAAACAGCAUUUUGGGAAGAAAAUAAUGGAACUUGAGGAUGAGAAAAGAGCUGUGCAGCAAGAAAGGGACCAUUUGUUGGCCGAAGUUGAAAGCCUCGCUGCUACUUCAGAUGGGCAAACACAGAAACUGCAAGAUGUUCACACCCAAAAAUUGAAGGCACUUGAGACACAGAUUCUGGAUCUUAAAAAGAAGCAAGAAAGUCAGGUUCAGCUUUUAAAGCAAAAGCAAAGAAGUGAUGAAGCAGCAAAGCGAUUGCAAGAUGAAAUUCAGUUUAUUAAGGCACAGAAGGUUCAACUGCAGCAUAAGAUAAAGCAAGAGGCAGAACAAUUUCGACAGUGGAAGGCCUCUCGUGAGAAGGAACUGUUGCAGUUACGAAAGGAGGGAAGGAGAAACGAGUAUGAGCGGCAUAAACUGCAAGCAUUAAAUCAGCGCCAAAAAAUGGUUCUCCAGAGGAAGACAGAAGAGGCUGCAAUGGCCACCAAGAGGCUAAAAGAGUUGCUUGAAGCACGGAAGUCUUCAGCACGUGACAAUUCAAUUACCUCAAAUGGACAUGUGCCAAGUGGCCAGAGCAAUGAAAAAUCCCUACAACGUUGGCUUGAUCAUGAGCUAGAAGUCAUGGUGAAUGUGCAUGAAGUCCGUUUAGAGUAUGAGAAGCAAAGCCAAGUACGUGCUACCCUGGCAGAAGAGCUUGCUGUACUGAAGCAAGUGGAUGAGUGUGCUGCACGGGGGCUUAGUCCCCCUGGAGGAAAGAACGGAUAUUCUAGAAUGUCCACCAUGUCACCAAAUGCAAGAAUGGCAAGGAUUGCAUCCCUUGAAAGCAUGCUGAGCAUUUCAUCGAACACACUUGUGGCAAUGGCAUCACAACUUUCAGAGGCAGAAGAACGGGAGCGUGCCUUUACCGGCCGUGGACGUUGGAACCAGUUGCGGUCAAUGGCAGAUGCAAAGAGCUUACUUCAAUACAUUUUCAAUGCUGCAGCAGAUGCAAGAUGCCAAUUAUGGGAGAAGGAAAUUGAAAUCAAGGAGAUGAAAGAGCAAUUAAAUGAACUUGUAGGUCUAUUACGACAGAGUGAAGCAUGGAGAAAAGAAAUUGAGAAGCAGCAAAAACUGAGAGAGCAAGCUGUUGCCAUUUCCUUGGCUACGUCAGCUUCGGUGAACUCACAUGGUACAUUGAAACAUUUUGCUGAUGACAUAAGUGGUCCCUUGUCUCCAAUGUCAGUACCUGCACCGAAGCAACUCAAAUAUACCGCAGGCAUUGCUAAUAGUUCAGUCAGGGACUCCGCAGCAUUCCUAGACCAAUCACGGAAGAUGGUACCAAUUGGACAUCUAUCGAUGAAGAAGCUGGCAGUUGUUGGACAAUCUGGAAAGCUCUGGAGGUGGAAGAGGAGUCAUCAUCAGUGGCUGUUACAGUUCAAGUGGAAGUGGCAGAAGCCAUGGAGGCUCUCAGAAUGGAUCAGGCACAGCGACGAGACAAUUGUGAGAUCAAAACCUCGUCAGCAGGUUUUGUAGGAUAUGAUGUGAAAUCUUAUAUACCAGCUUUUCUUUCCUCAUAACUCAGCUUUGACCACAACACGACUCCAAUGGCAUGGAGGGAAUGCAGGAAUAUAAUGGAGGAAUGCCUUAAAAUGGUGAUGGGAGAACCAUGUUUUUGCGGUUUUUUGGCUGAGAGGUUAGCUAAUCUAGAGUUACGAAAGUUUGCUUUCUUGUCAGGAUUCAAGCAAAUGUUCACUCCACCAGGAGCAUCUUGGAAAGUGUAGAUGUUUCCAGUGGGUUGACCAAAAUAGUCAAAGCAGAACGCCAGAAGUGUUGGAUGGAAAAGCAGAGAUAGUAUGGGCACUACAUUCGCAGGAGGAGAUCUGGCACAAUAGUGUAGAAUUUUCAAUUGUUUGGUGUUUUUUCCUUACUAUAUAUAUAUAUUUUGUAACAAUUAGAGGGGAAAAAUUCUUGUAAUGUUUUGUAGCCUUGUCCAUCAAAGGUGCUUUAUGAUAGUUCUUUUUUUUUAUUAUUUUUAUUUUGUAGUCUUCAAUACCUGCUUGUGUUUAUUGUGUAUAAUAAGCACAAUAUUGAUUUUGUUGGAAGAAAUAUAAAUCUGUAAUCUUUUUCAUUUAU